UAUAAGUGUGGUGAGCAGAGUGAGAGGUUAGAAGUUUAGAGACUAUGAAAGAAAAAAGAAGGGAGAACACCAUAAACACUGGAUGGGUUAUAAGUUGUAAUUGCUGGUCAGAAGAUUCUUUGUCUUGAUAACAAAUAUAAAAUCUACUUAAAAUCGUGUACUUAACCCGUUAAAUAUGUUGAUUUAUUAUUUUACUCUAUUUUAAAACUGAUAAUUUUCAUGACGUGAAAAGUAUUAUACCAAUUGCCAAUUCUCAAUUCAACUGUCAAGGUUAUCUGUGACUUGGUUUUUUCCUUACUGGGGUAUUGUCAAAAUCAGCUGCCAUUGCUGUUACUUCAAUAACGAGCUAAAGAAGUGAGUUGAUAAAUUGGUAAAUGUAGAUGUUACAAUAUGGAUCCAUCAAUGUUUGUUACUUACUCACCGCAGGCGAAUGUCGUCCCGUUGGAGUCAAAGCUUGCUACUUAUAUGAACCGCCAAAGUCCAGCUACGACGCUUAAUGCCAAUGUUGUGACGAAACAUCUGUCUAACUUGUCUCUGGAGUCGAAUAAAAAAGCAACAGCAAGUCCAGAGUUUGUGCCAGGACGUGGGUUAGCUGGUAGCACCAGCAGCUCGCCGAAUCUUUUUGCUAAUUCAUAUCAUUCCCAGGAGAAUGUCGGAGGAACGACGUAUUUUUAUGUUAAUAAUACUGCUGACAAUGUUGCUGAUGAUGGAAAUGAAGUCAUCGGCAACAGUCAGGUAGGAUAUGUUUAUCCAAAUACACCAGGACACCUUCAAGCAACGAAACCAAUAAAAGUACCAGCAGCAAACAGUACAUCAGCACCGUCCACGCCACCACCUCCCCAAGUAAAUUCGAGUUUUUUUAUGAGCACCAAUCUACGUAUGGAUAUCCUCCACAAAAAUUCGCUGACGUUAAGCCAGCCCAAUCCAGCACAAUUUCCCGACUUGCCAACGGAGGUUGAUAAUUACCACGAGCUUUGUCCAUUGGAGCCGAUUCAUAAACCCGCUUCGACUGUGUUGGGGUACCAAACUUCUACCUAUAAAGCUACUAGCUUGAAAAAUGGAGUUCGUUAUUGUCUACGUCGUGUCCAUGAUUUUCGACUUGGCAAUACAAAAUGUAUGGUACUAGUAGACAUGUGGAAGCGCAUAUCUCAUACAAACGUGGUUCAACUUCUCGAAGUUUUUACAACAAAAGCAUUUGGCGAUAAUUCUAUCGUAUUUGUGUACGACUAUCAUCCUGGCGCCGAGACACUUCUCAGCAAACAUUUCUCAGGGACGGAGUUAAACGGAUACGCUGAUCCGUUCUGUUCGGACCCUAAUGCCCCACGGCCAUACAGUCAUACGAAAAAUACAAUAUUACGGCAACAACACUCCAGCAUGCUCCCAGAGAGCGUUAUUUGGAGUUAUAUAAUACAACUAACUGCUGCAUUACGAGUUAUACAUUCUGGUGGAGUAGCGUAUCGAUGUUUAGAUCCAACAAAAGUUUUACUGACAUCACGAAAUCGUUUGCGUUUAAGUUGCGCAGCAGUACCCGAUGUCGUGACAUUCGACGGUAACGCAGCGAACCCAUUGUCGCUUAUUCUUCAUUAUCAGCAAGAAGAUCUUAUUGCUCUUGGAAAAUUGGUAUUAGCAUUAGCAUGCCGCAGUUUAUUGGCCGUCCAUCGUGAUAAUAUUCAAGCGUCACUUGAACUUGUUGCACGUUCUUAUUCAACAGAUCUCCGUAAUUUUAUUCUAUAUUUGCUGUCAGAUCAAGCACGAAAAAGUGUAACGGAUCUAAUGCCGAUGAUCGGAGCACGUUUUUACACUCAAUUGGACGCUGUCCAGCAGCGGGCUGACGUCCAUGAGAACGAGCUGGCUAAAGAGCUCGAGAAUGGUCGACUGUUCAGGUUACUGGUGAAACUCGCGACUAUCAACGAAAGGCCAGAGCUUAAUAUGGAAUUAACAUGGGCCGAGACCGGCGAUCGGUAUAUGUUGAAGUUAUUUAGAGACUACGUUUUUCACCAAGUCACCCCUAACGAUCGUCCCUGGCUCGAUAUGGCACACGUCGUGUCCUGUCUUAAUAAACUUGAUGCCGGGUCUCCUGACAAGAUUUGUCUAAUGUCGCGUGACGAGCAAAGUGUAUUGGUUGUAAGUUACGCCGAGCUGAGACAAUGCUUGGAGAAUUCAUUUGAUGAGCUCGUUCAGGCCGCUAAAGAUGCCGUCGUCUAAUGUAAGCGUGUUUAUAAAUAUUAGUGAUAAGAAAAUAAAAAAGGGAGUUGAUGAUAAUGAAGAAUAAAUAAAGAGAAAAAAAUAAAUGACAGGUUUCAAUCUACGGAAUGUACCGAUGUGAUAAAAUAAACAAUUAGCGGUACUGUAAUUUAAAAAAAUUGUUUCAAAUAUCAAUCUCAUAAAUAAAAAACUGUGUCAAUAAUAUAAUAAAUACAACACACAAAUAGUAAUUAAUAAGAAUGGCAUAAUAUACAGGUAAAGUUUGAAAUCAGGUAUAAUUAUUAAUUGUAAUAUAAAUUAACAAUGAUCUUAAUUGCCAAGCGGUUUUGGUGUCAAUCUUUACUAACAGUUCCGCUGUUUGGGAUACUGCAAACAACAAUCAACUAAAACAAUAAAUAAAUAAUCAGGCAUGUCAUGUGUAUGUCUACAAUGCAGCUCUUAGAUAAUAGAUUUUAAGGAAACUACACGAACUCGUAAACAUUCAUUUUCAAAAUGUUUAUUUUUGAAGAGAAAAAUAAAAAUAAAAAAAACAUUUCAUUAA